AUGGAUCCGGUGGCUGCAAUCAUCCAGCAGCAACUCGCCUCUGGGGCUUUUAUGCAACAGGAAGAAGAAAUUGAUUAUUCCGGUGGUUCUGAUGUCCCGGAUAUAAUGGUUUUAAAGCCUCAUAACCAAAAAAAUCGCCAUUUUUCAGCGAGUAACGAAAAAGAACAACGUCCUGCCGAUUUGGGGCAACCAAACGACCAUGAAUUUGAACACCUUGGUGCUGGAAAACGUCAAAGAAAGCUAUUAUUACAAGAAUCAUCUGAUCGAAAUCGACACUUUUCAGCCGCUCAUCGACGAGAUUUUCUACCAGGUUUUUGUGAUUUUUUAUAUUUUAUUGACUAUUUUCAAGGUGAAACAUUUGGAACCGUGGGAAAAAGGUACGAGGAAAGUGCAGGGAAUGACGGGCAUGUGUGGAGGGGUAAGUUGUCGGAAAAUUAGGUUUUUAAAUCAAAAUUUUGAUGAUUUUUGUUGUGUAGGAAACGCUCUAGGGUCCACUUAAGAGCACCCUCAAGGACAACUCGGAAAGGACACCCCUAUAGAAGCCACUAUUUUGCGUCUUAGUGGUCCCUAUCGUAUUUUUUGGAAUCUAGUAGUACCAAUUAGACUUCUAAAAAGGCCACUAGUUUUUAGCCACUUAAGUGGCCACUAAUUCAGCUUCUGUAGUGGCCACUAAAGGCCUUGAUUGGACGCUCGAAAUUCUCCCAGACUUCCGAAAAUUUUCCGAGCUUUUUAAAGGAUCAUAGCCCUUUUCCAUGGAAGUUCUUGAAGCGAAGAGCCAUUCUUUGGGGUUCUCAAGUUCGAGAAGACGUUAAAUAGUUCUGUAAGAAUUUUUGAAAACCCUUCGGUUUUUUUAAUUGUAUGUUUGAGAAAUUUUCCGGAGUUUCUCAUCAGAAAAAAAUCAAGCUAUAAAAAAAGUAAAAUUAAGGUCCGAGGCGUCGGGGCCGGCGGGGUUGUCAGUUCGGCGUUUUGUCUUCUCUACCGACUUUUCAAUGUUCGUGUUACUAGGUUCGUAUUUUAUUAAUAUACUUUUUUUGAAAAUGAUUCAGAAUUUUUCAGACUGAAAUGCAUAAAAAAAGAUAGAAAAAAAUAUGAAAAAAAUGCGUCUCAACUCGAAAAUGAAAAACUAUUGCGAGGAACUUCUUUCUUUUUUUGGCAUUCAGGAGGUCUUAAAGUGCCAUUCAAUAGAAUUCCUUAAUACAAAUUCAACCGCGGGGGUGAAAACGUCCCCAGUGAAUUUUUAAAUCUUAGAAAUUAACUCAAAAAAAUUAAAACUGAUGCGGGGAAUUUUUUCUGCAUUUUAAAGGUCCUCAAGUAAACUCGAACAAAGUUUCAUCGAAAGAGGUGGGGAGGGGGAUUUCAAGUGAAAUUUUUCAGGAAGUUACUGUUUUUUUAGCAUUUUUCAAAAGAAAGUUUCUUCUAGAAAACAGCUGAUCAGCAUGUUGAACAGUCGCCAAAGUCAGUACAUCCGCGGGAUCGGCUUCAUGUACGUGAGGUACACGCAGCCGCCGGCCGACCUCUGGUAUUGGUUCGAAUCUUAUUUGGUUCGUUUUUUACAGAUUUUUCCAUCCUAGAUGAUGAUAUUCCUGUUGCAGUUUGAACGAAAAAGAUAAUUUUUCCAGGAAAACUGAAUUUUUAGGUUGAAUGUUAGUUAACUAAGCAUUAUUGGCAAGUCUCUGGAGGGAAAUUUAACAGCAAAAACUCCAGUGGUCCCUUAAGAGGCACCCCAAGGAAUACUUGGCAAAGGCACUAAAGUGGCCACUAAAACCAGCUGUUUUGCUUUAUAAUGGUCCCUAUAGUAGUUUUAGUGGUCUAGUAGCACUAUUCAGGUUUCUAAAUUGGCCACUAACUCGACUACUACAGGGGCCACUAAAACGUUAAAAUCCUUAAGUGAUCACUCAGACCACCUUUAUUUUUCAAAGGUCUAGAAAUGACAUUUUUUUAAUGGUUAAAUGUCUCAAACCAAAGAAUCUGUGUCUAUUUUUGCGAAAAAAAAAUCUCCGUUGUCUGUGUUUUGUGUAGAAAUGUGCUCCAACGACAAUUUCCAUUAUUUUGCGCCCUAGUGGUUACUAUAGUAGUUUUUAGGGAUCCAGUAGUACUGAUGAGACUUCCAAAGAGGCCAGUAAAUUUUAGCCGUUUAGGGGUUCACUAAUUCGACCACUAUAGUGGCCCCUAAAACGUCAAAUUCUUAAAGUGGACGCUAAAUAUUGUUUGAGCUUCUUAGUGGUCUAGGAAGACUCCUUAAGUGGCCACUGAUACUACUAUAGUGACCAUUAAAUCGUCAAAAUCCUAGAGUGGCCACUAACUUUUAGCCACUUAAGUGGCCAGUAAUUCGACUACUCUAAGGGUCAAAAAAAUGGUAAAAUCCUAAAGGGGCCACUAAAUAUUUUCUCAGCUUCUUAAUGGGCUAGGGACACUCCUUAAGUGGCCACUGAUACUACCCACUGAAGCGUCAAAACCUUAAAGUGACCACUUAAAAGUUCCCCAGUUCAUUAUGAUUUUCUGAAGGACGACGAAGACGAGAUCGACCCGAGGUCGGGCGGCGGCGAAGUGAUCACUUUCGGGCAAAUGGUCCGGACGAUGCUGACGAAACUCGAUUGGUACGGCACCUUGUUCCCUCGGAUCCCCGUUCCCAUUCAGGUUUUCAUCCAUUUUCAUCCCGUCAUGUUCAUUUUUUCUUUAACGAAAGUAUUUUGGAGAAUUUUAAAAGAUCAGCGUUAAAAAAGGACUGCUAACCGCAAGAACCUUGAAUUUUACCCCUUAAGGGACCACUUUGAUCGUUUUUACUAGCAGUUAGUCGUGAAAAGAAAAAGAAAAUUGAAAAAUUCAGAAUUUUUAUUUGGAGACCUAAAUCCAGGCUUAAAAAGCAUGUUCUGACGGCAUGCUGGAAAAGUCGGUCGGUCAGUUUGGAAAACUAGGCCACGCCGCAAUAUUGCUCCAAGGAACACUUAAAAUUUCAAUAUUUUUUUUUUCUCUCAAUUUUUCUUCCUUUUUCAAAUUUCACUAAGGUUUUCGCGUAUUUUCAUUCAAUUCCAUCGUUUUAAAAAGUAAAAUACAAUGGUUACUACAUUCAAAACUAUAAACUGAUUCAAUUUUUGGAAGUUCCUAUUAAUUUUUUCGGAUUUAUAUAACCAAAUGAGUAAAAUUAAAAAUUAUAAGAAAUCGGAAAAUGAAAUAAUGUGUAAAAUACACGCAAAAAAGGCAAGAAACAAAAUUACAUCCAACAAAAAAGAAAAAUAUUACCUAGGUAAACAAUAAUAAAUAAGGAAAAGUUUAGUUUGAAGUGAAGAAUAUCCUAGAAAACUGAUAAAUAGGAAGGAAAAAAAUAUAGAGCUUGAGCAAAUUUACGGCGUGGCCUAGUUUUCCAAAUCGACCGACCGACCGACUUUCUUUGAAUACCCUUUUCUCGAGGUGUUUUGAAGGAUCACUGUUAGAAUAACUUGCAAUUUUUCCCCUCAAGGGACCACUUCUACCGUUUUUUCUACCAGUUAGUCGUGAAAUUUGGAAAGAAAAAGUAAAUCGAAAAAUUCAGAAAUUUUAUUUUGAGACCUAAAUCCAGGCUUGAAAAGCAUGCUCCGCAAUAAUUGUUCUAAAUGUCCGAUUUUAAUUGAAAAAGGUUGAGUGAAACGGGAAAGUCACGUAUGAAUCAUUUUUACCAACUUUAAUGGUACUGUAUCAAUUUCUCGUGGUAUUUUGUAGUUUUUGAUUUAAUUUCGACCCUAAUUUUCAUUAAAAAAUCGAUUUUCCGUUCAGAAAGACAUUGAUGAAAAGUUCACCGAACGGAAACGAUUAUACAUGGAGGAGGAAAUGGACUAUCGGUCUCAGAGACGCGGAGAAGACAGAGACAAGGACAGGGAUCGGGACAGGUUCGUCUUCAUUUCAUCAACUUCUCUCUACCCUCUCCUAUUUCCAUGCUAUUUUCCCGUUUCUCUGACCUCUCCACGGUGAGGGGACAGAGAGACGCAGACACUCGAAAAGUUUAGACUUUUUUUUUGACAAAAAAAUUAAAAAUUAGGCCAAAAAAAUGGCUUUUUAUAAGGUGGAAAAAAAAUUUUUUUCGAUGGGAUUUUUUUCAUAAAUUUUUUUCCAAUAACGGUAGUUUUUUUCCAACAUUUUUUUGAGUCCUUUUUAUAAAAAUUCAAUCAAAAAGUUAUAUAAUUGGAAAUCUAUGCUGGCCGGGCGUACCCGUAUCAGGCCCGUGUUGUGCUGAAACGGGAGAAAAUCGGGUGUCAGAGAAAAUUUGUGACCCAACUGUGCUGGAAAAAAAAUUUCUACCAGUUGCGCUCAUACGGGUAUAAAACGGGCACACCCGUAAGAGCCCAUCUUAGCUGAUCUGCCCUCAUCAGCAGAAGAGUAGCCCGUUUUUUGGGGACUUGAAAGGGACUUCUCUGCGCCCUCCUUGUCUCUAGGCGACCCUCUCAUGUUUCCAUGCUAUUUUCACGUUUCUCUGACCUCGCCGAUGAGAGAACAGAGAGACGCAGACACUUGAGAAGUUUUAGUACUUCUUCAAAACGAAAAACUUAUAGUCUGUUCAGAUUUUGAAUGUCAAGUAGAAUGACGUCAUUCGAAAACGCUCUGUGGAUGGCUCGUACUCUGAUUGGUUUAUCGCGCCAUUAGGGGGCGGAGCUUCAGCGAGGGCUUGACAUUCAAAAUCUGAACAGACUAUAUACACUUUACCGUUUCAAAAAUAUUUUUAUACUUUCUUUCCAUUUUGUAUCUUGUUUCUCAUUGGAAAAUACAUUUUUCCAGCAAAAAACGAGAAGGAAGCGUCCCGGCGGCCAAACCGCCCGACGCAAAAUUGCCGAAAGUUUCUCGAUGCAAGCACCAUUUGAGGCAUCAUCACUGCCGGAAACACCGGAAAACGUGUCCCAACAAGGCGAAAAGGUAGAAAAACGUCAUAGGAAGCCGUGGUCGCACUGGGAACGGCUCAAAGCGGCGAUUUACGAUUCCUCGGCGCGCAAGUCGUUUUAGGUCGGGCGCAAUUUGAAACGGCGCUUAGGCCAUUCCCCGUGCGACCAUUGGAUAACUGAGGCGACUCGAGUCAUGAAAUAAAGUUUUUAGACUGCGCAAAGAAAGGGAUGAAGCUGAGAAGAAGCUGACCCUGGAAUCGGAAGCCAAGGAAAACGGAUCGGCCCCGAUGGAAAAUUAA